GGCGGCUGCGGCAGCUCUGGGAAGCGGAGGGACGCGGCCGGGCGGCUCGCCUGACCUGCGUGCCCCCCCAUCCUGGCUGUGCCGGGCUGUCCCGAAGGAUGUCCGCCCAGUCUAAGGGGACCGCAUCCUCUUCCUCGUCGCCGUCCGAGGGGCCGCCGGCAGCCUCUAAAACGAAGGUGAAGGAGCAGAUCAAGAUAAUCGUGGAGGAUUUGGAAUUAGUCCUGGGGGACCUGAAAGACGUGGCCAAGGAACUUAAGGAGGUGGUUGACCAGAUCGACACGCUGACAUCUGACCUGCAGCUGGAGGAUGAGAUGACAGACAGUUCCAAAACAGACACGCUCAACAGCAGCUCCAGCAGCACAACAGCCUCCAGCCUGGAGAAGGUGAAGGUGCGGGGCAGUACUCCGCUCAUCAAGCCCCCUGUGCAUCCCUCUGCUAUCCUCACCGUGCUGCGGAAGCCAAAUCCACCUCCACCGCCUCCACGACUGACACCUGUCAAGUGUGACAAGCCUCUGAGGCCACCUCCUUCGGCCAACCCUGUCAAGACUAAUGGUACCCUGCUGCGAAAUGGACCCAGCCGUAUCCCAAAUGGGGAUUUGUGCUGCAUACCAAACAGUAAUUUGGACAGUGUUGCGAUCCCACCUCUAAUGCACAGACCUGAGAAAGAGCGGUGUCCUCAGGCAGGAGCAAGGGAACGGGUACGAUUUAGUGAAAAAGUGCAGUAUCACGGCUAUUGCCCAGACUGUGAUGUUCGAUAUAACAUUAAAAACAGGGAGGUGCACUUGCACAGCGAGCCUGCCCAUCUUCUGGGAGCACUGCCUCAUCAGUGCCCUCCUCUGCCACCCCCACCGCCUCCGCUGCCUCCGUUUCCUCUAGAGAAUGGAGGGUUGGGGAUAAGUUCCAGUAACAGCUUUCCUCCUCCGAGACCUGUUGCUGUGCCUCCACAAACUGCACCAAAACCCCAGAAGACCAUCUUGAGGAAGUCGACCACUACAACAGUGUGAUGUAUGCCACUUGAAAAAAACUCAUCUAUAUAAACAUAAAUAGGUAAUGAGCACUUUCUACUUGAGCAAUAAAAAGACCCAGUGUAUUACUCCCAGUGUAUCCAGUGAAGUGGCAUAAAAAUCACACGGUAAGUAAAGAGAAGAAUUUUCUUUUGGUCACCAUAAAAUGCCUUUAUGGCUGAAAAGGAUGCUGAAAAAUACACAUGAUUUAGCUGACGGGUUGUAAACUUCUGUUGCAGUUUCCUAUCUGCAGCACUGUUUAAAAGAAAGUGGAAAGAAAGAUCAGUUUGAAAGUACAGAGUGCUGAUUCCUGUUAGAUUUUCGUCUGUCCAACUUAAUGGAGUAAGCAUUGCUGCUGAAUUCUGGGAAGCUUUCUGUUUCUAGCCGCUGUGCUUUAAAAUGCCAUUUGACAAAACAAAGUGGAGUGGCAGAUAACGCUUUUGACUGAAUUCUAGCAAAGACAUUUUUCUCUGCCUCAUUGCUUGAGUGAAGGCACUGUGUGUGGAGCCAUUCAAUAGGAAGCAAUCACCGGACUUUCAGGCAGCUUGACCUUUGGUGAGGGAGUAAAGAAGUAAUUGAAAGCUCCUUCAGGCUUCAAGGAAUAUCUGUAUCUGGAGGCACGUCAUCUAAUUUCUUGCAUAUUAGAUUCAUCAUUGUGACUUCUUGCAGGCCAGAUCUGAAAAGUAACCAGGAACCCAACCCUCCAUGGAGCAUGGGAAAGCCCUUCAAGUCAGAGCACAGUGACUCAUGGGUGAAAUUUGCGUUGAGUCCUCUGUUUCAGAUCAGACUGCUGCAAGCAGCGUCCUGGCAAAAGCCACAGCCUUAAAUUCCACUUGGUGGGAGCAAAGAGUAGAGGACCAACAAUCUCACCCCAGCUCUCUGGCAUUUGAGUUCUGUGCUGAGCAACCAGAGUAACAAUUGAUGAGCUUUUCGUGGGCAGCAUCCAAAAAUAUUUCUAUAUGUAGCCAAAAGGAGAAAUGAAGCGCGCAGGCGAUAAUGGGAUAUAAAUGCAUUUACAGUAACAGGGGAAUUUCUUGUCUACAGCGAAAGAAGACCUCUGUCAUUCCUUGUACAGAUUGAAAGCCAUACAGGAACAGGGCAUCGGUGACACUAAACUGCUUCAAAGGAUGCUGACUCCUGUUCUCCACCCAACUUUGAAAAAGUUCAGGUGUUAAAGAUUGCAUCUCAAUGCACUUCAAGUUUUUGCACUGUCACUUCCAUUCAGGGUAAUGGUGUGUGCCACCAUUUGCACAGACAGCCCCAGGAGCUUUUUGACCACAACGAGCUGUAUUCUGCCGGGGCUCCAAAAGGUGGAAUAUAAAAGUUAGAACUGAAGAAAAACAUUUGUGCGCUCUUUCACUAAGGGGAUCUCUUCACUGAAAGGACUGUGGUCCUUUCUUAGGUUUAAAUAAAUACAUACAUAUACAUACAUAUAUAUAUAUGUAUAUAUAUGACAAAUCAUCAACAUGUUAAGGUGUGUCUACAACGGGGAUAUAAUCUUUUUUAAUAGCAUCCAUUUUUUUUAUCAUACUGUUGCAAGGAGUUUAAUCUAUUCAAUUAUACAUCCUAUCUGUUCCUGUUGAAUGCUGGCAUUGUUGUUCCAGUUACUGUUAAAGAGACAAAGUCAUUUGUAAUACGUAUUUGGCAUACAAGUUUUCUAGCCAUUUGUCUAUACUUCAUGGAGAAAUCUAACAGACAAGCAGCAUUUUCAGUUUAUUUUUCUAAAUAAAUGUGUUGUUUAUAUUGUUAGCAGUCACUCAUUUGGGCUGGUUUUCAUUAUCUCCAAAAAUGAUUUAAAGACAGAACCAAAACACAGAAAUUGUUUGUUCGUGUGAAGCUGUGAUGGUUUGCUGACCGAAAGCUUUAAUAUAAAUAUUGUAAUUUGUAAAAUGACGAAGUAUAUUUAUACAGGCAAAUAUGUAUGGAAAACAAAAGGAGGAAUUUUAACUCUUAAUUUCAGAACAUAGUUUAUUUUAAUAUCCACGUGAAGAAAUAUAGAUAUAUAAUGGGAUAGAUUUUUUAUUAUCAGUAAGCUUCAUCGAGUGAAGAUUCGGGUGUUUAAAAAUGAGAGAAAUGUAGUCUAGUGAGUGUGGCCUCUCAGCUUACAGAGAGAGCUUUUAUCAAGCAUCUUACCUUGUCCAGAAACUGCUUUUAGUUGUCAUGGUUUUUGAUUUUGUCAGGUUUUGUUUGGUUUGUCUCUUCGUUUGUUUUAGCACGCUGGCAAGGCCACACCACUUAAUCAGUUGAAGUAGUUGCGGUAUGCGAGGUUGUUCUUUAGAACAGUCUGCAGUUUACAGUUAUCAGUCAUUGUUUCCGUGUGCUGUAGUCUUUUGCUAUGAAGUUAUUGAACAUUUCAGUGCUAUAGCUGUUUUGAAUAAAAGUACAUAUUUUCAUUUUUC